CUGCUUUAACGACCGUAUACCCUCCGAAGCGAAGCCUGAUUUUAGCAUUGUGGAACGUCGGCCCCCAAUGGCGAAGAACGUCGGGAACUACAAACUACAUCUGGUGUUGUACGUUUUGUUCGUUCAGCUAUCAGCCCACCCUAGAAGAUGUUUGGCUUUCACCCCCAGAAGCUAUCUAGUACAUGCAGCCGCUGCUUUGAAACUGCGCAGUUCUGAUAUUCCAUUGGCGUAUCAUUGUGGCACGGUGAACAGGUCCUUCAUCAAUAGAACUAUCGGUCCGCUUAGCUUCAGCUUAUGUGUAGACACACCAUUACAGUUACCUACCGCAGCCAGAAAACCUUCAUAUAUGAAUGUGAUGUCGGGGCUGUACUUCAGCCUGGUCGCUUGACGCCCCCUCUUCACGACCCCGCCCCUGCAGAGGUUCUUGCAUCCGCAAAAGGUCCCCAAAUUGCCUUGUUUCGAACACUAAAAUAAAAAGUGGCACC